AUGCUCAACAUCUUCUCCCGCCUCUCCCGCCCCUUCACCACCGCCUCCCGCCUCUCCAUCGCCCCCGAAUCCUCCUCAGCAGCUCCCGCCAUCCCCGAGGGCGCCCAGCGCUGCACCGUCGCCGCCGGCUGCUACUGGGGCACCGAGCAUCUCUACCGCAGACACUUCUCCGGCAAGGGCCUGAUUGACGCAAAGGUCGGCUUCAUCGGCGGCGACCUGGAGAACCCGACAUACCGCGCCGUCUGCGGCGGAAAGACUGGCCACGCCGAAGCUGCAGAGCUCAUCUUCGAUCCCACCCAAGUCUCCUACCGCCAGCUCAUCGAGUUCUUCUACCGCAUGCACGAUCCCACAACCCUCAACGCCCAGGGCCCCGACACCGGCCCCCAGUACCGCUCUGCCAUCUACUUCCACUCGCCCGAGCAGGAGCAAAUCGCCCGCGAGGUCACUCAGCAGGCAAACGCACAGUGGUGGGACGGCAAGAUUGUGACCGAGAUUGCGCCCGCCGGCCAGUGGUGGACCGCCGAGGAGUACCACCAGCUCUACCUCGAUAAGAACCCCUCGGGCUAUGAGUGCCCGAGCCACUUCUUGAGGCCGUUCAAGGCUCUCGAGUAA